UAAUAAUUUCCCGUAUUAGCACUACGCUCAUUUCGUCGGCAAACGAGCCCUUCAAUUAAUAAUCUAUAAUGGGUUCUCUGAACCUUCCCUCCCUCCGUUUCUUAUUAUUAUUAUUUGAUUUGCGGUUCUUCAUCAGACCUGAUACUCUAACACACUGAUUACGGAGUUCUUCGCCUCAUUUUCAGGAAAUGGAUUUCUGUUUGGAUUGAUUGAUGUUGUUGGGAGAAUUACUCGCUUGCGUUAGGGUUUAGAUUACUGGAAUUGAUUGAUUGAUUGAAGCAAUUCAAAAUCAGGGGAAAAUAAGAACUACUGUGCUUCUAUUUGGAUCCAAACAGGGCGUGAAUUAGAGUAUGAAAUAUUUGAAGGCAUCCAUGAUUCCCGAGGGGGUUUCUUAUGGAGGUGGUGACUGGCAAGGAUCUAUGGGGGUUCCUUGUCAACAGCCACAAUAUACCCUAAACUUAUGCCACCAAUAUCAUGAUAGUAGUCGAUAUCAAUCUUCGGUUGGAUCCUCGGUUCGUGGCAGCUUUCCAUUGACAAUGGGAAGCUUGCAACAGAGGGAUCAUUGGAUUGGACUUGCAGAUCAUGAUAACAGGGAGAUGGGCAAUGAUAUGACAAGCGAUGAAGAUGAGGAGGGGAUCUAUGUUCAUAAUGAUGCUCGUAACGAGAAGAAUGGAUCGCAAUGGCAGCGUGUGAAGUGGACGAACAAGAUGGUGAAGCUCUUGAUUACUGUUUUAUCCUACAUGGGAGAGGAUUCUGGUUCUGGAUGUGGAAGCUUAGGGACAAGGAGACUUGUAGUGUUACAAAAGAAGGGGAAGUGGAAAUCGGUUUCGAAGGUAAUGGGCGAGCGAGGUUAUCAUGUUUCGCCCCAGCAAUGUGAGGAUAAAUUUAAUGAUCUCAACAAAAGGUAUAAGAGACUGAAUGAUAUGCUCGGUAGGGGGACGUCCUGCGAAGUUGUCGAGAACCCUGUGCUUUUGGACGGGAUAGAUUACUUGAAAGCAAAGGAAAAGGAUGAUGUUAGGAAGAUUCUAAACUCCAAGCAUUUAUUCUAUGAGGAGAUGUGUUCUUAUCAUAAUGGUAAUAGACUGCAUUUGCCUCAUGAUCCAGAAUUGCUUCAUUCUUUACAGUUGGUUCUCGGAAAUAGAAUCGAUUGCGACAACGAUGAUCUGUGGAAGCUCCAACAUGGCUACGAAGAAGGCAACAAUAGUUCUCGAGUUGCUCGAUUUGUAACGAAUCAAGUUGUAGCUGAAACUGAUAGAAUUUGUGAGGUACAACAGGUACGGAUCGAGUCGCAUUGUAUUGAGUUAGAAGAGAAACGGGUUCGAAUCGAAAUAGAGAGAUUGGAAUUGGAGGACGAUCGUAUGAAGUGGGAGCGAUUUAAGAAGAAACGAGAUUGGGAAUUGGAAAAGUUGAAGUUGGAAAAUGAGAGGAUGAGGCUUGAGAAUGGACUCAUAGCAUCACAACUGAAGAAAAGGAGAUGCUCUCAUCUUCACAGGAUUUGAACUCUGUUUUUGAAGAACUUAUUCCAAAGGCUCAUCUCAUAUGAACCAAAUAUUCCCCUUGGAGUCUCCAUUUCCGAAGCCAUGUAGCGGCCCAUAUAGAGGCCCAUAUAGAGGCCCAUAUAGAGGCCCAUAUAGAGGCCCAACUGAAUCAUUAAAAGAAUGAAAAAACAGCCCAAGCUUUAUCCUCUUAUCCAUUUGCAUCUCUCAACAUCAGAGAGAGAGAGAGAGAGAGAGAGAGAGAGAGAUACACAAAUUCUUGGUCUUUAUUUUUGUUGUGUGGGCACAUGGGGGGCCUCCCAUAAUGGGCUUUUUUGGGGAAUUGUUUGGGCCCACAUGGGGGCCCAUAUACAAAAUGUACCACUUCCCUUAAUUAACUUUGUACUUGUUUUUAAUUGUUUAUAAUAAGUUAGUGGGUAAUCAUUAUUUGAUUAAGCUUAGAAGCUUUAUGAUUAGUA